AUGGCGUCACUCUCCCACCUCAACCAGCUUCUCCACACCAACACCCUUCCAGUAACCCCUCUCAACUCCACACCUUCAAUCUCUCCACCGACCACCACCGUCGGAUUCCGAAGCAAACAGUUCGGAAGACCGAUUGUGUUGGCAGAUGUUUCGAGGCGGAUGGUUUACGUUCGGUCUAACAUAAACGACGAUGAGUGGGGUACAGAGAAGGAGGUACCUUCUCCGGCUGUGGCGGUUACGGAGGUGAAGUUGACGGAUAGUGAGACGGAGAAGCUGAAGAAGGCUCUGGUUGGUUCGUUUUAUGGGACGGAUCGUGGGUUGAAGGCGACGAGUGACACGAGAGCGGAGAUUGUUGAGCUUAUUACUCAGCUUGAGGCUAAGAAUCCAACUCCUGCUUCUAAUGAUGCUUUGACUCUGCUCAAUGGAAAAUGGAUUCUCGCAUAUACAUCCUUUGCAGGUUUAUUUCCAUUGCUGUCGAGUGGACUACUACCAUUGCUCAAGGUUGAAGAAAUAUCUCAGACUAUUGACUCUCAAAGUUUAACUGUCCAAAACUCUGUUCAGUUUGCAGGUCCUUUGACAACCACCUCGAUCAGUACCAAUGCCAAAUUUGAAAUUCGAAGUCCAAAUCGUUUGCAGAUCAAGUUUGAGGAAGGUGUCAUAGGAACUCCACAGCUGACAGAUUCAUUAGAGAUACCAGAAAAUGUGGAAUUCUUGGGCCAGAAAAUCGACCUAUCACCUUUCAAAGGCAUACUUACUUCUGUCCAAAGCACUGCUUCAUCAGUUGUGCAAACAAUUUCCAAUCAGCCUCCAUUGAAGAUUCCAAUUUCCAACAACAAAGCUCAAUCUUGGUUGCUUACUACUUAUCUUGAUGAAGAGCUGCGUAUCUCAAGAGGUGAUGGUGGCAGUGUGUUUGUUCUUAUCAAAGAAGGGAGUUCUCUUUUGACAAACUAA